CUUCUGCGGCAAGAGAAACAGGCAUCAGAGAAGGCGCCCCGUGACGUCACACGGCGUGCCGCCCACUCCAGGAAGGCCUCGGGCGCAGGAGAAAGCGUGUCCCUGGUCCUCUCCACGAAGGGGAAUUAGACAAGUCCUCUGCACUGCGUUCCCUGUGAGACCCGAAUCUGCAUCGGAGGAAGAUUGGGCUUCAGUCUGGGGAUAGAGUUCAUGUACGAUGGACGUCCGAAAUUUUCCUAAUCCAUUUCCUGAUUACAGUAGUGGCGCCUCGAAUGCUUUCAAUGUGACUGGACAGCUGACUCCUGACUUUGUUAAUCGUUUGAAUGGCACAAUCAAAGGACUCCUUCAGCUCAUGGAAAAGGGACUGAAAUCUGCAGAUCCGAGAGACUUCACGGUGUACACCGGCUGGUCAGGAAUUGCCCUAUUGUAUCUUCACCUCUCUGAGGUCUAUGGAGAUCCAUCCUACCUGCAGAGGGCACAGGAGUAUGCCGCCAAAGGCCUUAGUCGCGUGAAUCAGCGCGACGUCACCUUUCUGUGCGGCUACGCAGGGUCCUAUGCAGUAGCAGCUGUUAUUUCCUAUAAGCUGGGAAACCACAAGGAGGCAGAGGAUUGUAUCACAAGAGUUCUCCAGAUUCACCCGUCUGUGAUCAAGGCAGAUUCCCGGCUACCAGAUGAACUUUUAUAUGGCCGGAUGGGUUACCUAUACACCCUGCUGUUCAUCAACCAGCAUUACGCGGAGGAGAAGAUUCCUGUCCGGUACAUCCAGGAGGUGUGUGACGCGGUCCUGAGAUCCGGUCAGAGCACGGCAGCUCAGAAAUGUGUUACCGCCCAGAGCCCAUUAAUGUACGAGUGGUACAGAGAACACUACGUGGGACCGGCCCACGGCCUGGCAGGCAUCUACUACUACUUAAUGCAGCCCGUCUGCAAUACCAGCAGUGAAAAGCUACAGACCCUCAUCCGACCCAGUGUGGAAUAUGUCCGGCAACUCAAAUUCCCAUCUGGAAACUAUCCUUCCUGCAUUGGAGAGAAUAGGGACCUUCUGGUGCACUGGUGUCACGGAGCUCCUGGUGUCAUUUAUAUGUUAACGCAGGCCUACAAGAUUUUCCAGGAUGACAGCUACCUAUCAGACGCUGCACAGUGCGCAGAGAUCUCGUGGCAGCGUGGCUUGUUGAAGAAAGGUUAUGGCCUGUGCCAUGGAGCCGCAGGAAAUGCCUAUAGUUUCCUAGCAAUGUACAACCUGACUGGUGAUUUGAAGUACUUGUACAGAGCAUGUAAGUUUGCAGAGUGGUGCAUGGAUUAUGGUGAACACGGCUGCAGGACGCCAGACUCUCCAGCUUCCCUUUUUGAAGGAAUGGCUGGCACAAUUUAUUUUCUAGCCGACUUGCUGAACCCUACGACUGCCAAGUUCCCUGCGUUUGAGAUCUAAUUCCUCUGCUCUCACCCUGUUUCUAUGGGACUACUCUGCUUACAGCCACUGCAAACAACUUGCCCCCCAUUUAUAUUGGAGACUGCUGCAUUCAGUGUACAAAACCAGCCUGGUUUAUAUUUCUUCUCUGGGUAGCUAUUAGGGAUGAAUGUAUUUACGGGAAAGAAACGUUCUAACUGUUCAUAUAACCUGCUUCAGUGAUGUCUGUGCUGCUUCCGUUUAGUACAUGGCUGUAAUAAGUACAAAAGCCUGGAUUUGUUUAAAAAUGAUUGAGAAAAAAGAAGUGCAUUUUUAUUUUUGUGAUCUGUCUACUACAUUAGUAAAGCAGUACGUACUAAAA